GCCGCAGGAGGAGCAAGCAUAGCAAAUUUGUGUUUCAAAGCGCCGGCGAGCGGCACCACGACCGUAUAUAUUAUUUCAUCCGCCGCCGCCACCGUUCACCCUCUGUAGUAACGCGGGGUGGCUUUUUGGUGUUAAUUUCGUUGGUGGAACAAAAUUUCAAUCAUGCACAGGCACCAGAGUUUUGACAGCCAAGGCGAACCCAUCGACUAUUGCUAUUCCCUAGGAAGUACUGACGCUUCCAGUGGUUGUUCAAGCCCUCGAACCCUCAUCAGGCCGUCCAGUGCAUCAAACAGUCCCGUCUACAUGCAAAACCCAUACAACUUAUCUGGACACUCGUCUCCAGUCGAUUUACAUUACCAACACCAAGUGAGAUUCAGCAGCACGUCGCCUGAAGUGCCAAAUAAUUUAGGUGGCCUGGCAAUUUUUUCAUUUGUCAGCGCUGAGAACAAUUUUCAAGCGCGAGUAACUUUUCCCGAGCUGCAGCAUCGGCUGAGGGAGGCUGUGGCAAACAGUGCCCUACUCCGAGGAGGAAUGUUGCUCGAUUCAAGAGAAAGAGGAGUUCUGUUUCCCAUGGUCCAUUUUACGGAGGAAAAGGAAACUCUAAAAAAGCGCCUUCACCAGCACGGAACUUUGCUUGACAGCAAGACUUUGGGACCUGAUUUUCACUUAGAGCAAGGAGUUUAUCGAGAAGUGCGAAACAUAAUCCCUGACAGAUCUCCUGGUUAUGAUAGUGACGACGAUGAAUUCAGCUACAUUUUAAUCGGCUUCAAAAGUUUGGACACCUGCUUCAGCAAAGUGAUGGUAGAUUCGUGGAAAGACUGGACAGGAGCGCGAUCUAUUUAUCUCAACUUGCCCGAUGAGUUGGGACUUUCGAGGAUCAGUUUCUUCCACAGGGAAACUCCCGAAGACGUCCGUCUCUUCAUGUAUGUGGUCCUGGUCGAGUGUCGCAGCGCCGGCACCCCUGAGAGAGCCUGCCGUCUCUUGGAUUUCACGCAGCGCCUUCGAGUAGAGAGAAUGGCUGGUUAUGUGUCUGUCUAUGCCCCUUUGAGAAGAGCAACCCUGGAAUCUUCAGCGGCUGCAACAGUUUUGCCUCCCGUGGUGCAAAAACAUGGAACCAAAGCAAGGAAUCUUUUGCAGCACUUGAAUGGCAGCCAGUGGGCUACACAAUGAUUGAAGUUUUUAUGUAAAAAAUCAUUUUGAUAUUGAUUGUUGAACCUCAGUUGAACUGUAAACAUUUUAACUGCAGCAUUCCAAACCAACAAACUUUUAAGAUAACUCGUAAAUAUACAGCCUUUAAAAUUAAAUUCAAGAGUGCCUGCUUGUGCGCCAUAGAAAAGAAUAAUUAACCAAAUUUAAAUUAAGCUUGUCUUAACUAUUCGCUUGUUAAAAAUAUAUGUCUUUGACGAUAUAGCAUGAAAAGGCUUUGGUUCUAAUACAUAUUAAAAUACUCAUUAUAUUAUCUACAAAAUUCCAAGUGCCGAGUUGAUUUUUGAAAUUUGAUUCUCCUUCAGCUGAGAUGCCUGUUUCAAUUCGUCUGCUAGCAUGGCAGCUUCUGCGAAUCCGGUUUCACAGGCAAACACAAUGCAUUUCUGAAAAUGAAAAAAAGCUGUGAAAAAGGCACAUUGCGAAUACUAAGGGUAAUAAACGCACCACUGCUGAGUCCAGAUCAUUUUCAGCGACAGCUCUCUUCAUAAAAAUUCGAAGAGAUUCAACAGAAGGUGGAGCUCCAUUGUACUCGUCCAACAACUUAUCCAAGAUUUUAACUGCAAAAUUGUACUUGUUGGCUCGCACAGCCAAAAUCAUGCAGUUUCCAAGGUUUACUCCCGACCACCUAAAAUUAACACAAUCAACACAUAAGCCAUGUACCAAAAAAUUUUAAAUAAAGAUGAUGAUUGGGAAAA